AUGUACGUCUAUUUUCUUUUCUUUUUUCGUUCUUUGUAUUCGCAUCAUUCAUACGUAUUCAGAUGUUCUUUCAAACUCCAUUCAUUAUGGAAUCCGUACAGCACGUACAUGCGCGUCAACACAAACGCUUUCAUACGCAUGCGUAUACGCGCGAAUCUUUUGGAAAUAGUGACCGAAAGGGGAAACAAAUUCCUGCUCGGGCUUAAACAAGUUCAUCUCCGCAUCCGCAUUCUCUUCUGUCUACCUUUUAUUCGGUGUCCUUUCCUCCGUCUCCGUACCUUCUGGUCUUGUAUCUCAUUCAUUCCUAUAUACCACAAUCUAUUUCUUUCUUUCUUUCUUUCUUUCUUUCUUUCUUUCUCAAUCGAUUCCUAUCUGUCUCUCCCAAUCUAUCUAUUCCAGUCUAUUACCUCAUAUUUAUCUCAAUCUAUUUUCUUUCUUUCUUUCUUUCUUUCUUUCUUUCUUUCUUUCUUUCUUUCUUUCUCAGUCGAUUCCUACCUGUCUGUCUGUCUCUCUCAAUCUAUCUAUUCCCAUCUAUUACUAUAUAUCUAUCUCAAUCUAUUCUUUCUUUCUUUCUUUCUUUCUUUCUUUCUUUCUUUCUUUCUUUCUUUCUUUCUUUCUAAAUCGCUUCCUAUCUAUCUGUCUCUCCCAAUCUGUCUAUUCCAAUCUAUUCCUAUCUAUCACAAUCUCUUUCUUUCUUUCUUUCUUUCUUUCUUUCUUUCUUUCUUUCUUUCUUUCUUUCUUUCUCAAUCGAUUCAUAUCUGUCUAUCUGUCUCUCCCAACCUACCUAUUCCAGUCUAUUACUAUAUAUCUAUGACAAUCUCUUUCUUUCUUUCUUUCUUUCUUUCUUUCUUUCUUUCUUUCUUUCUUUCUUUCUUUCUUUCUGCGUUUGUGUGGAUAUUGGUAUAUUUACAUGCAUAA